UUUUUUGCACCACCAAUCACUCUCUCUCAUACUCCCUCUCUCUCUUACUCUCCGUCUAUCACUCGCUUAACGACUCACUCAACUGCAUUUACCUCUAUUACAGCACUUUGGCUCAAAAAAAGAUUCAAAUGGGCUGCUACACAUUUGUCAAAGUUAUGAUGGUUGUGUUCAACUUGCUUAUCUUUCUGGGGGGCCUGUGUCUGACAGUUACAGGGAUCUGGGAGACAGUUGAUGGGGGUUCCUUCAUCCAAAUUUUGAUACCAUUCUCUUCCUAUUACCUGCAUCACCCCAACGUGGCCAUCUUCUGCAUAGUGAUUGGCUUAGUUAUGAUUCUGCUCGGAAUGCUGGGGUGCUGUGGAGCUCAGAAAGAGAGCAAGUGUCUUCUUAUAACGUUCUUCUCCAUUAUCCUGGUCAUUUGCAUCGGUGAGGUUGGAGCCGCAGUAGUUGGCCUGGUCUAUACUUCACAAGUGGGAGAGAGCAGUGUGUAUUGUAGAUGCAAUGGCAUCAUCAGUGGAGCGGUUGUUGUGACUGAGAGCAUCCUAAGAGCUUGGGCCGUACCUGGACUGCAGGAGCAGUAUGGGAAAGACCAAGUGUUCACAGACUUGUGGAACUCAACCAUGGCAACAUUGCAGUGCUGUGGCUUCACCAACUAUACAGAUUUCUCUGAUUCCUACUACCUUGAGCAGAAUGGGGCUCUUUUUCCUCCUAUGUGCUGUUUGGAUACUGAGAUUUUCCCCUGCGAUGAGGAUUUUGCACUUUUCAGUGAUGUGGUGGGCUGUUUUAAACAAAUUGUUACAGUUGUCCAGAGGAAUGCUAACAUUGUAGGAGGAAUGGCUGCUGGCGUCACUGCCAUUGAGUUGGCAGCGAUGGGGGUGUCCAUAUAUCUUUAUUGUUACCUAGACAACAAUGCCACCUGAAAAUCUUCAGUUUAUUCUUGUGUAUCUACAUCUUAGCGAAAAUCUUAGCUAGUUUUGUAGAUAGUUGUUGUAUGUAGAUAGCACUAUUUUCUAUUUACUGUAUAGUAAGUUUACAAUUGUAUCAAGUAAACAAGGAAAUGCAGAAUAAAGAAAUUGUAAUAUUUCACAAUUCUAAAAAUAGUACCUCACUGGUUUGUGGAGAUAAGUGAAAUAGCUCAUUGGAAUGCUGCUUAAAAAUCUCUAUUGUCUAAAAAAGGUUUGUACAUUUACAUUUGUAAUGAAAUAAAAAUGUUUGCUUCUUGCAUCACCUUGCAUAAUGGCAUCAUAUUAUUUUUGCACAUAAUUUCAUAAUCAGGAAUGAAGUUCAUUAAUAGAGAAUUAUUUUUAUUAUACAUUUUUGUACUGACACAUUUCAUGUUACAUGUAUAGGCUGUCCUCAUUUCUCUGUUAUAGCCUACAUAUUACAUAAUUAAAUAAUAAUGCUGUUCAGAGAGAUUGGAAAGAGCUAGUUUAUGGAGAAUGUUAGAAAUGUGCCAUAAAUAAUGUUUUU